ACCGUGAUUCCAGCGUGGUUAGCUGUUUUAAAGUAAGAGAAGGGACAGCCUCUAGCAUCGUUUGCUGUGGUUACUCGCCUGCUUCUCUGUCACUGUCCUAAGUUUUCCUCUCCGCUCCGCAGCGCCCACCUGUGCCAGCGGGCUCGGCUGCACCCGGCCGCGCCUCAGCUCUGGUACCGCAACUGUCCGCCCAGAGAGAGCGGGAGGCCGGCGGGAGGGAGGAAGAGUUUUGCCUCUGCUGCUGUGCGAUUGGUUUCAGCCUACGGAUACUCGUUUCCCUUCUUCCUAACUUUUCCUCGCUUUCCUAACCACUUGUUUGUGUUCUGCUAUUUACCUCAAGGCUCGUGCCUCACUGCGCGGCCUGGGGUGGGUGCCUGUGUCUUGUGCUCAUGUGGAAUCUAUUUAAGACCCUUUGCAGGGCCUCAUUCCGAGCUAUGUGCCCUUCAACCUAACUCUAGAGCAGCACUCUUGGUUUCUUAAGAGACCCAUUUAGAGUCCUGUAACACAUGGGAAAGUUUGGCAGCGUGGUAAGCCAAGUGAAAAAAGCCAGGGCUGUAUUGUUGAUUUAAGUACAGAAUGGAUUUGCGUGUGCUUCAUCUUUUCUUCACCUUGCGUUGACAAGAAAACCUAAGUCAGAGGAGGGAAAAUAUGCGAAGGCACAACUUGACAGCAGAGUUCAUCCUCCUGAGCGCCAGCAGAUGGGGCACAGCGGCGGUGGCUUUGUCUGCCUCGGAGCUGCCGGUUGUCUCUGAGGAAGGGAACUUCCUCCUUAAAGCUGCAUACUACCAAGCUAAAUAAGGACUUUCUGGGCGGAGUUUCCUUCUGAGCAGCCUGGAUAAAAACUUGCCGGAUUUACAGAGCCUCAGACUGCAGUCAGCAUGAACAGCAGCGUGCCGGACAGAGUGCUGCUCAGCUGCACAAUGGAGAGACAGCUGGAUAAGCUGUGCCUUCAGUUUCUUUGGGACUUUGUCAGAGCAAAAGAGACAUUAAUCAAGUCACCGUUUUUUCCAGUGCUGUUUUCUUUUACAGCAUACAUGGCUUUCUGUCUCCCAUAUAUUGCACUGGACUUUUUAAGCACUAAGCUGCCAAACUUGAGAAAAUACAAAAUCCAGCCACAGAUCUAUCCAACUCUUGGAAUGAUGGUGCCUUGCUUUAUUCAGAGUGUCUAUCACCAUGUUGUGUGGAUUUUCCCGGUGACAUUUCUUCACUGGUACUGGAAACCAACGAAUCUACCGGUGAUGGCUCCAGAGCUGCUUCAAGUCCUGCUGCAAGUAGGAGUUUGCCUGCUUCUGUUUGAUUUUGAGUAUUUCUUGUGGCAUUUGCUUCAUCACAGAGUGCCUUGGCUCUACAAGACCAUCCACAAAGUGCAUCACAAGCAUGUAUCAACAUUUGCUCUUACUACGCAGUAUUCCAGUGUAUGGGAACUGCUGUCACUGGGAUUCUUUGCUGCUAUCAAUCCAUUCCUCCUCGGGUGCCAUCCUUUGACAGAAAUGAUUUUCUUCCUUGUCAACAUCUGGUUGUCAGUGGAGGACCAUUCAGGAUAUGACCUUCCGUGGUCAACUCACCGACUUGUGCCUUUUGGUUUGUAUGGAGGAGCACCGCAUCAUGAUCUCCAUCACCUGAAGUUCAAGUCAAACUAUGCUCCUUACUUCACCCACUGGGACAGACUCUUUGGGACAUACACAGAGUCACAUCCUAAUUAAGAAUAUUUGCCUGUUUGCCUGUGGAUGAAUUUUUUGUUGAUAAACUAUGCUGGGACAUUAAUUUUUCAAAGCUAUACAGAAGAUUGUAUAUUUGAAGCUACCUGUAAAACCUAUAGCUAUUUAUAACAAAUCCUUUUAAUAUAUAUGUAUUUGUAUGUGUACUGGGAACUUCCUAUGUUAAAUGACUGCAAAAGGGAUAGUAAAUAUCUGUUACUUAAGUUUGUUUGAGUCAGAGUGUAAAGGAAGUGUUAAGAGAUGUUCUCUCUUCUUUCCAGCUUUCAUAAAGCAUUUAUUGUUUUACUGUAUGAUGUUUUAUACAUUAACCAGAAAAUAUAUCUUACUGCUGUAAGAUGGUUUAUGAUGUAAACAGAGAAGGUACACAGCACGGAUUUUGUGGAGUUUAACCUGCCAGAGCAUGUUAUUGCACACUGAUCUUGUAAAAAAAAUGCUGCCAGGCAAUCGAUACUAGUUUGCUGACUGUGCAAUAAUUUUGACAUUUGUAUUUUAAAUCUUGUUGUUCCUUCUGUUUUAAACAGGAAAUAAAUAUGGUCUUUCCUUUAAAAUUA